UCGUUUAAUGCUGUACAAAGUUGCCAGGUUUGGUUACUAGCUCGUAUCUUAGCGUGCUAAUAAGCUAUCGCUAGCUGUUUUGUCUGGCACUGUAGCGUCUGUUAUUUAGGCCUUUGUUACUCAGCGAGCCACAAAAUCAGAUGUUUUCAGAUGUUUUGUUUAGUUGUGUAAAAUCGAGCUAACAUUGUGUAAAAAUCAGCUAACAUUUUUGUGUGCAACGACAGUAGUAGUUACGUUACUAAGUAACUAGAUAACACUUCAGUUUCAUUUUAAUUCGCGUUGUACCAGUUCAAAUUAGUACAUGAGAACUAAACUCUUAAAACCCUAUCUGAUUACAUUUUAACCUCUGAUUAAAACCAUGAUUUGUGUUACACAAUUAAACAAAAACAGUGCUAUUCUUGAGAUCAAGCAUACAUCAGUUUCUAUUCUGAGUGAAAACUAGCAUUACAAAUUUUCCUUUGGAAAACCAGUUUAGUUUUCUGCAACCCAUGUUAUGUCAUUUCGAAAAAGUAAAACCAUCUCAAGUGCAAGAGUUUAAGUGCGAGUUGAAAAUAAAUGUGUGAAAACAUAAUAUACACAUAUAAGAGUUUAUUAUUAUACUAUUAUAAUAGACCCUUUAAAGCUACAAUAGUCGAUUUUUUUUUUAAAUCUUAUUUUUACAAAUAUCCUGGAGGAUAUUUAGGACAUGAUUAAAAAAAAAAAAAAAGGUUCACGACAUGACCUCAGCACAAGUGUACGAAGUGGCAAAGAAAAGCUGCUUGUAAAACUAACUUCCAGUCCAGAAUGCUUGUUCGUGUUUGGAUGUGCUGCGGUUUUGUGUCUGCGGCCACCAUAGAAACUGGGGGCGUAGACUUAAAGAGUAAAAUAAUAACAAUAAUAAUAAUAAUAAUAAUAGUUCAAAUAUCAUACCCAUCUAUAUAACUGUUAGUGACCUAAUCUUGAUUUAAAAAAUGUACUAAUCUUACCUAAUGCACCUUUAAUUAUCCUGUGAGAUCACAGUCUUCUGUGUUCUUAAAUCAGGAAAUGUUUAAUUUGCAUACACACUCUAGACAAUCAAAUACAGCAGUCAGAAAAGCUUGCUUUUCUAAUAUGAGACAGCAUCUGCCUGCAAAAUCAUAGAGGCAUCUAUCCGUCAGGACUGAAGUUAGAUUUGGCCAAAAACAGUAGGUAAUUUUCUCAGAGGAAGAGGGACAAAACAUUGACAUGGCCCAUCCAAGUAGAAAUAAAAUAACAGAAUAGCACCUAGGAAUGGUUUAAUUAACCCAGGUCCUUGUAUAAAUUUAUACCACAGCUCAGUUGAAUGCUCGAAUCUGAUUGGUCCAAAAAAUAUGCAUUAUUAUUGUACAACAGCACAAGGACGUUAAUAUUAAUACGCUUGUUAUAAUAUUUUGUUAUUUCUAUAGUAACAGCUCAUACACAGGGGCUUGUAUGACAGACACUCUGCAUAAUCUAAGAUGGGUUUGCAAAAGAGGUUUUUGUUUAACAAAAAUUCAUAUAAUCAUUGAUGUGGUUAAGUGUUUUUUUCUUCCAGAAUAUCACACUCCAGUCUGCCCUGUUAUACAAAAAUAAUGCACUUAUUGUUUUGACUUCAUUAAAGUGGUAUCAGAAUCUGGACAAUACCAGUUUUCCUACUUGGAACUGGCACUUGAAACUUUUAUAUGUUUCCAGAUUUAACAACAAAAAAAGCGUAUUGUCAGUUACAGACAUGGUUCUCAUUGCUCAGUUUCUUGUAACCUGGUCACCUUGGUAACUCAAAACAAUGGAAUGAGUACCACAUUGGAUUUGCAGAUUGCAACAGAAGUCUGAUCUGGGUACCUUUGUAAAAUCAUCAGGCCUUGAACAAUAGUCAGGCCUGCCAUUUCUGGCCCACACAUGAGCACGGGCUACCUUUUUGACUGCGCUGAGCGCCAUGCCUGACCGGGAUAGCACGUACCUGGUAGGUGGUGGCGGGGGCGGCAGUGGAGGGGGUGCUGGCACGGGGGUAGGGGAGGAAGUAGGCGCUGGCUCUGGCUUGACUGGGGGUGCAGACGGUCGAGGGGGAGUUGGGGGAAGCUCAACUGGUGGGAACAGUGGUUCUGGGGCCAUGGGAUGCAGUGGUGCCCUGGGAAAUGGCCACACCUGCAGUGGAGCCAGUGGCAGCUUUGGCUCGGGCUCGCCAUCAGAUGGCGUUUGCCGUGACUUCUUACGGAACGUGUGUAAGCGUGGCAAGCGCUGUCGUUUCCGCCACCCAGACUUCAAUGAAGUGCCUGACCUUGGCGCGCAGAAGAAUGAGUUUGUCUUCUGCCAUGACCACCAGAACAAAGAGUGUGUGCGUACCAACUGUCGCUUUGUGCAUGGCUCCAAGGAAGAUGAAGACUACUACAAAAAGACCGGUGAGCUGCCACUGUGGCUGCGGUGGAAAGUGGCAGCAGGCCUGGGUCUCUCGCUUACUGACCUGCCACAGAACCGUGGUGAGGCACCCAUAUGCAGAGACUUCUUGAAAGGGGAAUGUCAGCGGGGCAACAAGUGCAAGUUUCGUCAUGUGCGGAAGGACCACGAGCAUGAGGCUUCACGGUUUAGUGCAGUGGGGAUGAUGGGUGUCUCAAGCGGGGUGGGUGGAAUAGUGAAUGCAAGCAGUGGAGGUGUGGCCUGUGGUGGAGUGUCAGGACUGGUUGGAGCAAAUGGAGGGAGUCUGAUGGGGAUGGGAAGCCCUAACAUCGGAGGGUGCAGAGAUCAGGGAUUGUGUGGUGGUGGUGGAGGAGGUUCCAUUGGAAGUUGUCUAUCCCUGGGGGCUGCUGGACAACGGCGCUAUGACAGGGGUCCGUGUUCAGUUUAUGAAUCACUGUUUGAGAAUGGACUGUUUGAUCCCGGGCCACUGGAGAGCCCUGUUGAUCACGCAGCUCUUCAGCUGAAGAGAAGACGAUUGGAAGGAUUCCGAUUGGCCGAUGGGACUGGGGGAGGCCACUAUGAUUUAGGGGUGCAGGCUGCUCUUUCCACCCGGCCUCUGGAGUAUCGCCUAUUGGAGGAGGAAAAUGCUCUGCUGAGGAAGCGAGUGGAGGAGCUCAAGAAACAGGUCUCCAACUUGAUGGCUACCAAUGAGGUCUUGCUGGAGCAAAAUGCUCAGUUCCGCAGCCAGGCAAAGGUCAUGACUUUAUCCUCAACACCUACACCAUCAGAACAGAGCCUGGCCCCACCUGUCGGUUCAGUGAGCUCCUAUAACCAUGGCAUUGCACAGACUCGCACAACUUUGAGCAGCGCUGGACUGCAGCCACGUGCUGUAUCCCAGCAGGAACUGGUGGCACCUGCCGGUGCCCCUGCUGGUGCGCCCCCAGCCAAUGCUGCACCCCCACCUGCUGCACCCCCUCCUCCUCCACCCCAUCUGAACCCUGAGAUCGCGCCACUCUCUGCUGCCCUUGCCCAGACCAUUGCACAAGGUAUGGCACCACCUGUUUCCAUGGCACCUGUGGCAGCCUCUGUGGCCCCGGUUGCUGUCUCCAUGGCACAGCCUCUGCCGGGCAUCACCAUGAGUCAUGCCACCACGCCAAUGGUGACAUACCCCAUCGCCAGUCAGAGUAUGAGGAUCACCACCAUGCCACAUUAACGCAAACCCAAAUACAUGCAAUAAUUCCUUUUAUCUUUAAACUAUUUUUCUCAGACCCGAAGUUGUGCAGUUGGUGCAAUUUUACAAAAGAAAUACUGUAUACAGUAUUUACAUAAACAGUUUCUCUGUAGACAUUUCAGAAAUGGCUAACACAACACCAGCAACUUGUGGAAACUGCAAGCACAUACUUUUUUUUAUUAAUUUAUCAGACUCAUUGGUAAACAUGACCAGUUUCUUAUAUUCCGUACAGUUCUUUGACAGAGAGACCAUGAACUAGUUAAGUGUUUGUGCUAAAGGCACAUAUUUUUACAUUUUGAAUGGACAACAUGGACUUUUGUCAGGAAAAAAAAUGUUGUGCAUUGGCUUCUUAGAAAGAACAUGUGAAUCUGUUAAGUCUUAGCUUUGAUUGGUUGUUUUGCUGAUUUUGCUCUGUGUGGUCUCAUUCUUGAUCUUUUUUUUUUCACAAACUGAAUAAAGGAUCUACCGGUAUAAAAUUUGUGGUCAUUAUUUCAUGUGGGUGUGUAUACCGUAUACAUGGUUCCAGCACAAGCUUAUCAGUGGGAUUUAUUUUUUUAACUACUGUUUAUAUAACAGUAUACACUAUAUGGACAAAAGUAUAUGGACACCUGACCCUCACAGCAUGUGUCAGCCCUCCCCAAACUGUUGCCCAAACUUGGAAGCGCACACAUGUCUAGAAUGUCUUUGUAUGCUGUAGCAUUUAGAUUUCCUUUCACUGAAACUAAGGAGCCCAUACAUGUUCCAGCAUGACAGUGCCCCUGUGCGCAAAGUGAGAUCAAUGAAGACAUCAUUUUUUCAGGGUUGUAUAGAAGAAAUUGAGUGGCCUUCACAGACCCCUGAUCUCAAAUGCACCGAACACCUUUGGGAUGAAUUGGAAUGACCCAACUUCUUGCACUUUUGUGGCUAAAUGCGCACAAAUUCUCAUAGCCAUAUUCUAAAAUCUAGUGGGGAAGGCCUUCCCAGUAGAGUGGAGGCUGUUAAAGAAGCAAAGGGGGAACAACUUAAUAUUAAUGCCCACAGUUUUGGAAUGGGAUGUUCAGUACUCAGGUUUUCACAUACAUUUGGCCAUAUAGUUUAUAUACAACGGAUAUAAAAUGUCUACACACCCCUGUUAAAAAUUGCUGGUUUCUCUGAUGUAAAAAACGAAUAUGACUCAUGUCAGAUCUUUUUCCACUUGAUAUAGUAACCAAUAAAAUUCAAGUGAAAAUCAAAUAGAAACAUUUUAGAAAAAUGUUUCUAUUAUAAUAUAGGACUUAGACUUUUUUGGGUACAAGUCUACCAACUUAGCACAUCUUGAUUUGGCAAUUUGGUUCCACAUUAUUCCAUGCAAAUUUGCUCUAGAUCUGUCAAAUUGCGUGGGGAUCUCCUGUGCACAGCCCUCUUAAAGUAAUUCCACACUUUGAUGAGAUUUAGAUCUGAAAUAUUCCAAAACAUUCCUUUGUUGACUUGGAUUUGUGCUUUGGGUCAUUGUCGUGCUGUAUGAUGAAAAUUUUCUUCAUCUUCAUCUGUGUAACAGAGGCCUGCAGGUUGUGUGCUAAAAUAGAUUGGUAUUUGGAGCAACCCAUGGUUCCCUCUAUCUCGACUAUUGCCCCAGGCCCAGAUGACAAGAAGCAAUCUCAUAGCAUGAUGAAGCCACCACUGUGCUUCACUGUUGGUAUUUUGCACCAAAAAUAUUUUAGAAUUAUGCCCCAUAAUUCUUGGUCUCAUCAGACCACAGCAUAUUUUUCCAUGUGGUUUGAAGUGAUUUAGGCUUGAAUGUUGAAUGUUUUUUCCAUGAGAAAGUGCUUCUUUCUACUCCAUAGCCCAGACAUGAAGAAUACAAGAGAUCUUUGUCACAUGCAGGGCAUGAUGAGUACUUGCCAGAUAUUCUUGUAGCUCCUUUAAUGUUGCCGUAGGUCUCUUGGCAUCCUCCCUGAUAUGUUUUUCUUCUUGUCUUUUUGUCACAAAGGACCUCUUGUUCUUGGUAAUGUGACUGUGGUACCCCAUUUUCUCCACGUGAUGAUGGCCUUUAUGGGUGUUCCAUUUUACAUCUAAUUUGUUUUGGAAUUUUUUUUUGUACCCCUCUCUUGAUUGACACCUUUUGACGGUGUGAUCCCUUGCAUGUUUUGUCAGCUGUUUGCAGACCAUGGCUUCAGCAGUCAGAUAAAUCCCAGAAAUUGUUAAGAAAAU